CCCGGGCACAGUGCGGACGCUACAGCCCCUACAGCCCCUACCCCGCUGCAGGCUCCAGAUCCUGCCACCUCUAGGGAGGAGACCAUGCCGCGCUCCUUCCUGGUGAAAACGCACUCCAGUCACAGGGUCCCCAACUACGGGCAACUGGAGACACAGAGAGAAGCUGAUGGGUCCUGCUCUGCCUGUGAGGAGCUGGCGGGAUCCUGCCAGCGGCCUUUCUCUGCCAGUGACCCUCUGCAGCCCUGGGACAGCACCUCUGCCGUCACCUGCAUCUCUCUGCCACUUCUGCCACGUCGUGAGGAUGCUCUGGGAGCCUCUGGGCCAGAACCCCAGGAAACCAGCUGCACGGGCCCUCGGGCUGGCCAGGCCCCCAGUGUUCCCCUCAAAGACAGCUUCAAUCUGCCCCCGCUGUUGGUGCUGCCCACACGGUGGCCGCCAAUCCUGGGCCCAGAUGGAGCUCUAGAUAAACAACUAAGGGCUGAGGGAACAUCUCGAGUCCCAGGUAGUUUUGAGUGCAUCCACUGCCACAGACCCUACCAUACACUGGCCGGCCUGGCCAGGCACCAGCAGCUGCACUGUCACCUGCCGGCUGGGCCCACCUUCACCUGCAGGUACUGUGACAAGGAGUAUGCCAGCCUGGGUGCCCUCAAGAUGCACAUCCGCACCCACACACUGCCCUGCAUCUGCAAGGUAUGCGGCAAGGCCUUCUCCAGGCCCUGGCUGCUCCAGGGCCACAUCCGCACCCAUACAGGUGAGAAGCCCUACACUUGUCCUCACUGCAGCAGGGCCUUUGCUGACCGCUCUAACCUACGGGCUCAUCUGCAGACCCACGCUGGUACCAAGAAGUACCGCUGUACUGUCUGCUCCAAAGCCUUCUCCCGAAUGUCUCUCUUGGCGCGGCAUGAGGAAGCUGGCUGCUGUCCUGGCCCCUAGAGGCACAGCAGUGUGGAGGGGCCAAGCCUGACAGUAUUCUCAGUGGUUCUGUGUCAUCCAGGGCAAUCAGAGGAGGCAGGGGCCUAGCCCACUCUUGCCUGUGCCCAUCAGAAGCAAGAAGCCCUGUGGAGCCUUUGGGCAUCUUUCCCCAAGCCUACAUUCAGUAGAUUCACCACAAGACUCACCAAAACAAGAACCAACAGUUCUGUUUUCAUCUUGGCCUGUCUGCUGGACCUAUUCCAAAACAAGAGACACUACUGGGAAGUGACUGACACUGGACAAACCCCACCACAACACCAAUGAGCCUAGCCAGCUGGGUUCCUUUGUGUGCAACUUGAAAUGACCACUUUCACUUGAGGAGAGAGCCCUACGUGUGUAUUACCUUGAGAAGCACAGCUACCCCUCGGCCAGUCUCACUUGCCUUUGCCCUGGGGUUGGAGACGCAUUUUCUUCUGCCCCUGAGUGCACAUGCAUGUACAAACAUGAACACACACACACCCUGGAUCCUCCCCCAAAGAUGAGGCAGGGUGGGGGAAGACUGGGCUGAAGCCAGGUCCUGCCGUGUCUGUGCCUCAUCUCUGUCGUCCUGCUUGGAACUGGCCUCAGCAGCUCUUAACAUCUCAGGAGAGCAGCUGUGGGGGUGACAAAGUCCUCCUGUCUUGAGCCUUGAAGUCUUGAGUCUUUACCAAUACCCUGGAUCUAUGGAGAGGGAGACUUCUCUAGGGGCAAUGGGAUUCUGGAUAAGCUGGGCCCUUCUGGGCAUAAAGUAGACAGGACACCAAGUGAGGGCAUUUUGCCAGAGCGUUUCAGAGCCCUGUGAGCAGGUGAGCCUGGGGCCUCCACUGGAAGAAAUGGAACCUGAGAGAGGAGCUGCACGAGGUGGCUUGACCGGGAGAAAUGAAGAUGAGGGUACAAGUAACACCAGGGUUAAGGGCCCAUGGAGGAUGUGUGCAUGGGACCAAGGCUGACAGCUGGGGCGUGACUGUGCAGCUGAGCAGUGUCCCGAGCACAGGACAGGACAGGAUUGCUUCUUCCAGUAUAUAUGACUGACUCUAGUUGGCAUUUGGACAGAGAAAAGAGACUCACACAGUCCAGAGAGAAAAUCCUUAGGAGCUUUUCUCUUUUUUCUUUUCUUUUUUUUUUUCAUUUUUCAAGACAGGGUUUCUCUGUAUUGCUUUGGAGCCUGUCCUGGCACUCACCUUAUAGACCAGGGUAGCUUCGAACUUACAGAGAUCCACCUGCUUCUGCCUCCCAACUGCUGGGAUUAAAGGCAUACACCACCACCGCCUGGCUAGAAUUCUUGAUGCAUUUAGGUAAGAGGCCCAGGACAAGGGACAUGACUCAGUAUCCUUUGUCCAGGCCCAGUAGCAAAGGUUCCCAGCUUCUCCUGAGCUUCUGGAAGUCUUCUUGAAAGCCUAUGAGUCAUGCAAGUACCUUAGCCUCUGGUUUUGCAGCUGCUUCAGUCCAGACUGGUAGUGAGCAUCUUGCUGUUGUUUGCUGGUGUGAGGAUAGCUCUCUAAGAGGCCUUAGGGACUCCCAGAGGAAGCUUGACCUAUUUGGAGAAAGUCUCAAACCGUCUCAGUCUAUAACUCACACUGGCCUUGAGCUCAUAGCAGUCUUCCUGCCUCAGUCUCCCAAGUGCUGGGAUUAUAGGCAUCAGCACCAUUCCUGGCUUAGAAACUUGACCUUGAGGUUUGGCUACUAGACCAGGAAUAACCGCAAAUGCAUAAAUACCACUCUAACUCCCAUGAGCGAAAUGGCUGCAGACGGACUGCACCAGACCUAUGCCAGCGGGUGGAGGGACACACUUUUGAGACAGACAUACUCAUGUUUUCAGACCAAGACCACUGCCUCCCAGGGGAGUGGGGUGAGAACUGGACACAAGGGUGCCCUCUAAUGGAAACGCACACACCAAAGGUUCUGGAGGCCAGAAGUCCCAGCUCAAAGGGACCUUCAAGGCAGGAGGUAGAUGUUGUCCUUGGCUUGUAGGAGGAGUUCCUCCAUUUCUGCCUCAGCCAUCACACUGCCCCGUCCUUUGGGUCUCUCCAGAGUGACCUCAUCUUCACAUCUGCAAAGACCCACUUCUAAGAUUGCAUUCUAAAGUUCUAGGGGUUAGGACUUCAACAUCCGAGAACAUGUGUUUUGGCAAGUCACCUUCCCUGUGACUUGUCCUCACUCUUAGAGCAAGGCAAAGGGGUCUAAAUGGUCCCUUCUCAAAAUCUACACAGGACCAUGGGAUAGUCAAUUACCUGAAAUAGCCUCAAAGAUUGGGUAGGAAACCCUUCUACCCACGCCUCUUCAUUUCUCUGUCAAAGCAAAGGAAGGACUCUUGUCCCCAAAUGUGUGGCCCUUCUGGAAGCAGGUCAAGACCCCCCAGGCAGAGGGACCCUCAGAACCCCAACCGACAUGAGCCUGGAUUCCUCACAGGAGUGUUCUUUUAAAAUAGCAUCCAGAUGCCCAAAGGAAGCUAUAUUGUAGAUUGUGUUCUAUUUCUGGUUCCUCAUGUCUAAAUGGGGCUGUCGCACCUGUUGGAUAUGAAGCAGGGAAUCUCACAGCCUAAAAUAAAGUGGAAUGUUUUCCCCCUUUGGUUCCA